AUGGAUGAAUAUCGAGAAUCUCAAAAGAAAAGAGUUCAAAAGGCAUUAGAUAUGGGUGAACUUGAAACUGGUAGAGGCUUGCAUCAAGAAUUUGGUCUUACUAGAGCUUGUGAUACUCAUGAAAGUGCCAAGGCAAUGGGAUUUCUUAGAGCAUGUCAAACAUUUGAUGUUGCAUUCAUAUUGCAUUUGAUGAGAGAUAUUUUAGCAAUUACAGAUGAGCUUAACAAAUGCUUACAGAAAAAGGAGCAAGAUAUCGCAAAUGCCAUGCUACUUGUUCAAGUAGCAAAGAAAAGGUUGCAAAAGUUAAGGGAGGAAGAAUGGGGUUCGCUCAUUGAUAAAGUAUUUAAAUUUUUGUUUUGCAAAGUUAUUGAUUGGCAAAUUCAAGAGCUUUCUUAUCGUUUUGACGAAGUAACGACUGAUUUGCUUCAUGGAAUUGCUUGUUUAAAUCCAAUUGACUCAUUUUCUAGUUUUGAUCUCAGGAAAAUAAUGAGAAUGGCUGAACAUUAUCCUAAUGACUUUGAUGAAUUUAGUAUGGGGGCUCUUGAGAAUGAACUUGCGAGUUACAUUAUUGAUGCUCGUGAUCUUGAUGAAAGGUUCUUCGAUCUAAAAGGACUUUGUGAUCUUUCAAAAGGAUUAGUUCAGACAGAGAAGCAUUCAAACUAUCCUCUUGUAUUCCGCUUACUGAAACUUGCCUUGCUUUUGCCAGUUGCCACUGCAUCCGUUGAAAGAACUUUUUCGGCAAUGAAGUUUAUCAAGAAUGACUUGCGGAGUCGAAUGAAUGAGAGUUAUUUUAGUGGUUGCUUGGCGCCUUAUGUAGAAAUAGAUGUGUUUAAUAGGAUUUCUAAUGAUGUUAUUAUAAAAAACAUUUCAAGGAAUGAAACCUCGUCGUGUACAGUUGUAGUAAUAUACUUGCACUUUCAAUAG